AUGACCCAUCUCACAACCACCGCGAAACAAGCAUCGCCAUUCAACUGCAUCUUCACAGCAAUGACCUCAUUCCACAGCAAACCCCGUCUUCCUCGAUCACCAUCAACCCCAGGUUGUUCUAGACCCCAAGUCCCCGAACUCCCCCAAAAUCCUACCGAAUCCUACCGCCACCGUCCCCGCGAGAGGACGGCAGACCUUGCCGACUCCUCCGCUCCGCAUCCGCCACUGUCUGUGGCGCUCCCGUCAAGCUCAGAUCGUUCUCCAUCUAUAGAGUAA